CUAAAGUGGAAUUAUUUGCCAGGUAUAAUAUGUGUGGAAGGAAUUAAUGGAGGUCAUGUACACAUCGAUUACAACUGUGUGCCGUCAGUCAUUUAUACUCAUCCGGAAGUGGGCUGGGUGGGCAAGUCGGAAGAAGAUUUGAAAAAAGAAGGAGUUGCCUAUAAAGUUGGUAAAUUCCCGUUCUUGGCAAAUUCCCGUGCGAAAACAAACAACGAUAGUGAAGGAUUUUGCAAAGUCCUUUCAGACAAAACGACAGAUCGCAUCCUUGGUACUCAUAUAAUCGGCCCUUCGGCCGGAGAACUCAUUAACGAGGCUGUUUUGGCACAAGAAUAUGGAGCAUCAGCAGAAGAUGUUGCCCGUGUAUGCCACGCUCAUCCCACAUGUGCAGAAGCGUUGAGAGAAGCGAACAUGAUGGCUUAUCUCGGAAAAACAAUUAAUUUCUAAGUUGUUAUCUCAUUAAUUUGUUAUUUUUAAAAUCAUAUUUUGUACAGAAUUUUAAUGUUAUUAUUUUUAAUUGUAAAUUGCGUUUUAUUUGUCUGCCUAGAUUUAAUUAAGUAAGUAGAUUAAAUAUUCUCCUUUAUAAAAAAGGCAGUAAAAAUUUUUGGAGGCAAUAAAUACACACAUUCGACUCA